AUGAUUGAAGUCGCCGCAACACCAGCAAACGGAUUCGGACCUCCGACAGCUGGCAGCUGGCAGCUGGCCGCGCAGCCGUCAGCCGCCAGCUGGCAAACAGCUCUCGAGCUCGCAUCGCAGACAAAUUCGCCCAAGAUGAGAGCCAAAUGGAGAAAGAAGCGCGUCAGGCGCCUCAAGCGCAAGAGAAGAAAGAUGAGGGCUAGAUCGAAAUAA